UUGAACAGGACCAAAUUAGCAUAUAAUAGUAAUAAUAAAUUAAUCUAUGCUGCAUAGAUUAAUUUAUUUAUUUAGUACUUUAUGGCCCUGUUGACAUCAUCUUCUAACCUAACUUCUGCUUUUAUCAUCUUUUUAAUUUUAGUUUAAUAAUUUUUACAAAGCAAAAUGGAAUCUUCUGAACGUCUUUUUAAAGAAAAAACAAAUCAUGUAUUUAGCGAUGCUAUUCAAGUUUUCAUAAAACAAGAAGAGAGUUGUGAAACAUCUAAUGUUAAGACUGAAGAUGUAUUCGAAAAUGUAACCCAUAACAGAGAAGCAUUUAUAGAAAAACCUGAAAGUAAAAUUAAUUCCAAUGGCUCACCUGAACAAAGUUAUCCUAAUGCCUUCUCAAUGGAAGAAAACAUUGAAGAUAGAAAAAAUUGUCAACAAGAAUGUCACCUUUGUGAGUUUUCUUCUCAAAAUAAAUGUGAACUCCACAAACAUAUUGAAAGUGUUCAUUCAAAGACACAUAAGUGUGAUAUAUGUGAUUUUGAAACGAGUUGGAAAAAGUGUCUAAAAUCACAUGUGACAACUGUUCAUUCGAGUACAAAGUUACAUAAGUGUGACAUAUGUGAUUUUGCCACGAAUUAUAAAUCGGUUCUAAAAAAUCAUAUAGAUAAUAAACAUUUGAAUUUAAAACAUAAGUGUGAGAUAUGUGAUUUUGAAACCAAUUGGAAAACAUGCCUCAAAGUGCAUGUAGAUUCUGUUCAUUUGAAAUUGAAGCAACAUAAGUGUCAUUUAUGUGAUUUUGCUUGUAACCAAAAGGGUAAUCUCAAAGUACAUGUAGAUUCUGUUCAUUUGAAAUUGAAGCAGUAUAAGUGCCACUUUUGUGAUUUCAGUUCCCAUUUGAAAUCUUCUCUCAAAGGUCAUAUAGAUUUUAUUCACUUAAAUUUGAAGGAGUACAAGUGCCAUAUAUGCGAUUAUGCUUCAAAUCACAAGUCUCAUCUCAAAAGACAUAUAGAUUCUAUUCAUUUGAAUGCAAAGCAACAUAAAUGUAAUCUAUGUAAUUUUGCUUCUAAUCGUAAGUCUUCUCUCCAAUCACAUAUCGAAUCUAUUCAUUUAAAUUUGAGGGAAUAUAUCUGUAUAUUAUGUGAUAAUGGAUUCAAUAAAAAAUCUAGUCUAAAGCGUCAUUUAAAUACUGUCCAUUUGAAGAUGCAAAAAUGAAAAUGUGAUCUUGUCUGAAAUUAUAAAUCUUACACUCAAUUUUAAAAAUUAGAAAAUCUUGUUUUGGAAAUAUGGAUGAAUAUGUAAUAAAGUGAUAUAGUAAUAAUGUGUGCAAUAGUUAUUUUGAAUAUAUUUUAUUGUAUUGUGAAGUAAUGCAUGUUUCAAAAUGAAUACAUCACAAUUGUUAUAUCUGUUCAUAAAAACAGGUUUUUUUGUAAAAUAUUAUGAACAAAUUUAAGAAUAAAUAGUAACAGUAACAG